UUUGACAUGACAUAGGCUAUGUAAAUUUUUAAUUUAAUAAAGUCGUCACAUCUCAUUGUUGUAUACUAUUUUAUCAAUUUAAUUUAAAUUGUAAUGUUUAUGAUUCUUGUGCAAUUACAAGUGUACAACCUAAGUAAUCUACAGUUUAUUCCAUUCUGUACUGAUUAAUGAGUGACCAUUCUCGCAUAAAAAUCAAAGAUGCUGUUAAUAAUCCAUAAUUUGCCGACUAAGAUACGUUAUAGUGAGGUGAAGGCGCUUAUAAGAGAUCGAUGCAACUUGAACGAUUUGAUUGUGGAUAACCUCGUAUAUGAAAGUCCACAAAGCCGUAAAGUUACCAUUGGCCUAAGUGACGAAAAUGAUGCCAUUGCCGUUACAAAAGAGCUGCAUGGACUGGUUUUUAUGGGUCAGAAGUUACAUGUAGAAGAUCUACGCAGAAAUAAGGGACCAAGUAUUCAGAACUCAAACCCUGAUCAAGGUUAUGGCAGAAACAUUAGUCACAAUAAUGCAAGUGAACAGACUCCAAUGAAACCUCAUACAACACCUGUUUCAUAUUCUGCCCCAUAUUAUAUGGCUGGUCAGGAUCAGAAUCAAGGAAGCUCCAAAGGUCCAAGUACUGAUGGACACGGUCAGCCACCUGUGCAGCCAAUAUCUGCUGUACCCCAAUACAUGCAGAAUAAUCCAUACAGCACACCAUACUUUAUGUAUGAUCAGGGUUCCCCUACAUACUCUGCCGGAAAGCCUAAGAGUUCCAAUGUGAUGACGCAGCCUCCAUACGGCUCUCCCCGAAUGCAAAUGCCACAAGGUUCUCCUACAUACUCUACGGGAAUUCCUCAGAGUUCCAACAUGAUGACGCAGCCUCCGUACGGCUCUCCUAGAAUGCCACAAGACUCCCCUACAUACCCCACGGGAAUGCCUCACAGUUCUAACAUGAUGACGCAGCCUCCAUACGGCUCUCCCAGAAUGCCAAUGCCACAAAAUACCAAUAUGGGUUACGGUGAGUCAUCAAAUUAUGGCAACAACCAACCAAUGACCGUAACGUCAAAUCAACCCGAGUAUAUACCUCGCGGAAAUGAUAAUCCGCGAAAUGAAUAUUCUAAAAGAGAUAGCGGAUCACGAUAUUUCGAAGAAAAGAACGAUCAGAAAUAUCAUGAUCGCAGUGAAAGGCCGUCCACUUCACGAGGUGACCGCGAUGACUAUGAACCGCGCAGUCGCUCCGAUGAAAGACGUCACGGUGAUUGGAGUCCCGAUCGAUACAGAAGAUCGGAGAACAGGAAUUUUGAUCACGUUCCUAAAAAUUCGAGGGAUUCUUAUAACCAGUCGUCUGACAGGAGUUAUAAAUCAGAACCGGAAGGAUCUGAUUUCAGGCGCGGACCCGACGAUCGUCGUAAUGCAAAUAACUCGGCAAAUUUCGGUGCCGACUACAAUCGUCACUAUGACAAAGAGCAAGGUGAUUACAACCGCCCAAGUGAUCGAGCACCUGGUAAUACAAAUGAAAAUUCACGUUACAAAUGGACUAAACAAAAAAAUGGGAAUGAAUAUAAGAAAGAUAAUGUCGGAGACUACAUUAAUAGUAAGCCAAGCACUAGUAAAGGGGUUGUUUAUAGUAGAAAUGAUUUUAAUCCUCAUAACAAAUUCGGCAAAAUUCAAGACCCUACAGUCCCGGAAAUUAAUGAGCCAGCGAUUUAUCUUACUAAAGCUGAAUUCAAAAAAAUUAGAAGGGCUAGAGAACUCAAAAGAUCUGCUGCUGAUCACAAAAACGAAACUUGGCGUGGGCAAGCUACGUCUAAAAUAGUAAAAACUGCGCUGGAAGAAAGCGGCUUAAUGAUUCAAGCGAAGAAACCAGGUUUCGUGCAGUUCAUGAAAAGUAUUGUUAGGACUCGAAUCAAUAAGAUGUUGGGUUACAGGGUGACUGUGCCUAUGGAGAAAAUCAUAGAGGAGUACAAUACAAACUAUCCUCCUAAUGUCAGAAAGAAUUUUGUCCUUGAAUCGAAGGCCAAGUUCAAUAAAAUUACUGAUUUUCCAUCAGGAGCUGCACCUAUACGGCGGCCUCUAAUGAACCAAGCAACGCCGGAGAAACGCCCAGCAACAGAACAACCGCCGUCGGCACCAGCGCCUAAGAAGCCCCAAGUCAAUAUACCAAGACCACCGCCGUACAGACCACCGACACCAGGACCCCUGCCCAAGUAUCCUAAUGCUGAUAAACAAGCAUAUAAAAAAUUAAAGACUCUUGCAAAGGAGGAACAUGAGAAAGAAAUCUAUACAUUGGAACCAAAAUUGAAAGAAGCACUCGACAGCGAAGUAAAAGUGCUUCGGGAAUUGUUUAUAAAAGGAUGCAGAAAUAAUGAUGGCGGUGAAGAUGAAAAAAUCUGUCAACGUAUCGAAAAAACUACGGAUGAAGUUAUGAAGGUUAUAAAACUCGAUAUAACAAAGCGCCUGCUGAACGUGACAUGCAAUCUGCCGUUGCGUAUGUUUGCUAAUGGCAAGUUCAAAGUGAAGGAGAUAGGUCCCAUGCUGAAGCCGUACGGCAUCAUCAGCUGCAGGAAGUCACCUCGCAGCAAACUGUGCGUCGUCGUCUGCCAGGAUUACCCCAGCUAUGAUUAUUUGUGUACCAAAGGAGAGAUAGAUUUUGGUGAUGGUCUGAUUAUGACAUUUAAACCGCUCCACCUCGCCGGUCCUACUAAAAGACCUAAGAAAAAAGGUAAUAAACUAGGCAAUAAUAAAAAUAAUGAUAACACGAGUGGAGAUGAGGAUGAGGUAUUCGGUGAUGAAAUGGCCGGUGAGGAUUAUGAAGAUGCAGGUGAUGAUUCAAAAGAAGAUGUUCAAGUGAUUGACGUUAAAAAUGAAGAAAAAAUUGAUGUAGACAAAGAAGAUAUUAAAAUUGUCAAUAAAGGAAAUGAUGACUGUAAAGACAAACCUAAAGAUGAACAAACAGACAAUGAAGUUAAAGAAAUUGUUAUUAAAGACACUGAAAAAUCUGAAACUGAAAAUCUAGUUGAAGAUAUUAAUAAGUUAACGCAUAGUAUUGCUAAUGAUGAUAACAUUGAAGAUAUACAGACCGCAGAAGCAAUCGAUGUGGCAAACAUUGGCCAAGAUGAUUUAGAAGAUUAUUGAUCAUAUCAUCAUAUGGUUUAAUAAUAUCAAUAGCUCCUAAGUAAACAAUCGUAAGUCAUAUAGCAGUGGCGCCAGUUAAUGUUUACAGUUGCCAGUUGUUCGACUGUCUUACUGUACUGGCAUAAUGUAAAUCAGACAUU